CAUCGGUGAAUUAGGGGGUCACUCUUUACGCUUUUUUUUUCACUCAUAUACUUUAUAUCCCUUGGUUCCCACUGGGCGUGCCCUCUGUCUUUUGGUCUUUUUUACACCGAUGUCUACACCUUGUGCCACAAGUUUUCAUGCACAACCCACUCACCCUGUAACUACACCACGUUCUGUGGCACUCGCACACGUGCACGCGCCCCACCCACGGGCCUGGCUGAGUGGCCGCUGGGUCUCCCCACAGUGCUGAAGCUGCUGAAGAUGGCCACGGGCAUGCGGGCCCUGCUGGACACGGUGGUGCAAGCUCUGCCCCAGGUGGGCAACCUGGGCCUCCUCUUCAUGCUGCUCUUCUUCAUCUACGCCGCCCUGGGCGUGGAGCUCUUCGGGAAGCUGGUCUGCAACGACGAGAACCCGUGCGAGGGCAUGAGCCGGCACGCCACCUUCGAGAACUUCGGCAUGGCCUUCCUCACGCUCUUCCAGGUCUCCACGGGCGACAACUGGAACGGGAUCAUGAAGGACACGCUGCGGGACUGCACCCAGGACGAGCGCAGCUGCCUGAGCAGCCUGCAGUUCGUGUCGCCGCUGUACUUCGUCAGCUUCGUGCUCACAGCCCAGUUCGUGCUCAUCAACGUGGUGGUGGCCGUGCUCAUGAAGCACCUGGACGACAGCAACAAGGAGGCGCAGGAGGACGCCGAGAUGGACGCCGAGCUGGAGCUCGAGAUGAUUGCCACCGCAGGGCCUGGAUCUCAUGCUCUGGUUCUGCAGCUAAGAUGCUGGACCUGGGUGAUGGCGGCACCUUCGAGCCCCUUCUCCCCAGAGGCCUCCAGCCCGCUCCUGCCCAUGCCAGCCGAGUUCUUCCACCCCGCCGUGUCCUCCAGCCAGAAGGGGCAGGAGAAGGGCGCCGGGGCCGGGGCCCUCCCCAAGAUCGCCCUGCAGGGCUCCUGGGCAUCCCUGCGGUCACCGAGUGUCAACUGCACCCUCCUCCGGCAGUGUCGAUGGGACACAGGCCAGGCUUCCCUGAGUGAGAGCACCAGCGCCUGGAAUCAUGCCUUUGAAGCCCAGUUUUCUGCCCGUGAGGAGCAGGAAGAGAGGACGGUGGAGAGCAUGGUCCAGGAGCCCGUGCUGCCCCCACCCGACACCCUGCCCACCACUUGCGAGCCCCUGGGCUCUGGGACCGUGGUCCCACCUCCUGAGAGCCAGGAGCCCUGCGGAGAUCCUGUGUGUAACACCAAACGGCGCAACAACUAUAUGCGGGACUGA